AGGGUAACUCAUUUUGAUUUUAAUUUAAUUUUAUAAAUGUGAAAUUGCUGGUCCAACUGGAUUCUGACGCCAUUGUUUAGCAGAUUUUGCAGAAGCUUGAGUUUGAGCGCCAAAGAAACAUGGCGAAAAGAGCACAAAGGCCUCACUCUGCUUCUUCGGACUCUACUUCUGCCUCUUCCGGCAAACUAGUGUUGAGGAUUAAGUCAAACGAGGGAAUCAAGAGAUCAGUUCAGCAGACUAAUUCAAGAAAGAAACCGAAAACAAAGCAAAAGAAGAACAAACAAAAGAUUGAUGCUAAGAGACCAAAGAAACCUCCCACUGCUUUCUUCUACUUCUUGGAGGAUUUUCGUAAAGAAUUUCAAGAGCAGAAUCCAGAUGUAAAGUCAAUGCGUGAUAUUGGCAAGGCAUGUGGAGAGAAGUGGAAAACAAUGACUUAUGAGGAGAAGGUUCAAUACUAUGAUAUAGCAACAGAAAAACGUGCAGAAUUUGAUAGAGCUAUGGCCAAAUACAACAAGAAAAUGGAAAGCGGUGAAUUUGAAGACACUGAUGAGGAAUCAGAGUUUGAUGAGUGAAGCCACAUGAUCCCUGAGAAUUUUACCAUCAUUAUUAUACAUGCAUGCCGAGCACAAAAACACCAAAUACACAUGGAGAGAAACUGCAUUUGGGUGAAGAAAAGCAAGAAAAUGAGAACAUGCAUGGAAGAGGGGAAAACAGGAAAUGGGUUUGGCUUGAAUUACCUUGAGGGCUCUUCGUUCGUUGAAAUCCUUCAAGACAAAUUCUUUGGUGGAAGAAAGUAGAGCUCUAGUAGUGAAGCAAGUUCUUCUUUUCAAAGGGAGAAAAUAUGGCCUUGAAGUUGCAGCUGCACCCAAUAGAGGGUUGUGGUUUGGAUUUAGAAUGGUGUGAGAAGGAGAGGAAAGUGGUGUGCAUGUUAUGGAAAGCAUGUCUACUGUCUACUGUUGAGAGUGAAGAGCAGAAGAGAUAAGAUGGUGGUCUUGCAGCUUUAAACUGUCAUGUUCAUCAGAUAUUUUGUUUUGCCUUAGGCUCACUGCUGAGGUAAUUUAAUUUGGGUGAUGUGUUACGAAAUUACCAGUCUCGACAAUAUUUAUAUAUGACUUUCACUU